AACGCCGCAGGCUUCCGACACACACUCUCUCUCUCUCUCUCUCUCUCUCUCGGGUUAAAAAAAACCAAAACCGGCCGAUCUAGGUUUUUGAGAUGGCUGUUCAACACGAUCGAUCAUCUCUUGAGAGCAGGCCUGGAAUCUUCAUCGUCGGAUCUUCUAACGUCGGAAAGCGAACCCUUCUCUCUAGGUUGCUUUCAGUUGAUUUAUCAGAAGCGUCAGAAGCCUCUGAUUUAUCAUCAGAAACUCUUUGCUAUGGGUGGACUAUUGAUACAAAGUAUUAUUCUGCUGAUCUCUCGAUAUGGAUGGCACAUCUUGGUGAUGGAUUUUCUGAAGGGACAUUGACAAUUCCGGAGCAGGUGGCUUCCCUGGUGAUGGUUUUUGACAUGAGUGAUCUAUCAUCUUUUGCUGUUAUCCAAGAUUGGGUAGCUGGGAUUGAUAUUCAGAAGUUUGAAAUAUUAUUAUGCAUUGGGAACAAAGCAGAUCUUUUGCCUGGUCACAUUGCUCACACAGAGUAUAGAAGACGUCUGCAUAAGUGUGGGGAGUCCUCUAGCGAUCCUCAUCCGGAAUAUUUGGAUUAUGGGAUUCUUGAAACUGAGGGAAGUAGUUUGUUAGGGGAUGAAGAAUCAUCAUGGGAGAUGAGGAGAUCAUGUUUGGAAUGGUGCAGUCAACAUAAUAUUGAAUACAUCGAAGCUUGUGCAUCCAAUGCUGACUUUGACAAAUGCUUGUCGGUUGAUGGCGAUUCGCAAGGAGUAGAACGGCUAUAUGGAGCUCUUUCUGCUCAUAUGUGGCCAGGGAUGAUUCUGAAAUCUGGAAAUGGGAUAUCUCGACCAUUCCCAGUUGCAAAAGAUGCGUCUGCCUCCAAUUUGUCAGAUGAUGAAGAAUCUGAUUACGAAAUCGAGUAUGAACUUCUAUCCAGGGGUUCUGCUGAACCUUGGGAUGGCAUUGAUGAAUGGGUUGCCUUUAAUGACCUUCCUCAACCUAUAAAUACAGAAGCAGGGCCAUCGAUUAAUGGAAAUGUUCCAAUCCAAGGUCAAGAUCAAAAUCAUGAGGCUGGCGAUGUGGCGGAAGCUCAAACCCCAAACUCCAAAGUUCUGGCACAGGAAGAGACCCAAACCAAAGCCACCAAAGCACUGGUGCAGGAAGAUUACGAAAGGAAAGCUUCUGAAGCUCCAUUACAGGAAGAGGCUGAAACUAAAGCCACCAAGGUUCUGGUGCAGGAAGGUUCUAAAGGGAAAUCAGCGGAAGUUUCAUUACAAGAAGAGUCUGAAACUAAAGCGCUCGAAGCUUCUUUGCAGGUAGAGUCCAAAAUGGAAAUUACUAAAGACUGUGAAUUGGGGGAGGACAUGCAUUUGGGUUUGGAGGAUUUGGAACAGUUGAUGUGUGAGAUUAGUAGUAUGCGUGAGAACUUGAGACUGAUGCCCGAUUUCCAGAGGAGGGAAAUGGCUGCGAAGCUGGCCAUGAAAAUGGCCACCAUGUUUGCGGACAGUGACAAUGAAGGCUUCAACUGAUGGUUGAAGUUGGAGUUACAUUGAAGUUAUUCAAAGGCAAUGGGGACAGCUUUCAGGAUGGGGUUUCUAUUCUGAGAGCUGAUUUGGUAGAGGUAACAAAUUACUCAUCUUUAAAAUUCACUGGUGUGGAUUGUUGCUUGUUACUUUCCUGUAUGAGGUAGCACAUUAACAAUAUUUAUGUAUCUAUCAUUAGUUGAUUUCAUAUCAAAUGAAGCUUGAAUCAUUGCCAAUGGAA